CGCUUUCUGUGCUGAGGAGGACGUGCAUCCGGGAGCGGCCGUUUCCAACAUGGCGGGGGCCCGAGCUUUGGACGAGAGCGGCGGUGGCGGUGGCGGAGCUGCAGCGGCGGCGGCUGCGAUGGACUACUCGGUGCAUGAGGCGUGGAACGAGGCCACCAACGUCUACUUGCUGGCCGUAUUGGCCAGCUUGGCCCUCCUGGUCUACGCGCGCAGAAAUAAAAGGAAGAUCAUGAGGAUUUUUACACUACCUCCAGCUGUUGAAAUGCCAACUGAACCAAACUUCUAUGACAGUGUGAAAAAAAUUCGUCUACGACAGCAGUUAGAGAUGUAUUCUAUCGCAAGGAAAUAUGACCACCAGCAGCAACCACAGAAACAGACUGAUAGUGUACAACUUCUGGUGGAAUGAAUUCUUGAAUCUCUGAAGCUGAGAGGCAAUGCUGAAGAUGACAGAGCAUCUGGGAUGUAGUCACUUUCAGUGCAACAUUAUAGGUAUAUAGUCUUUUCUGUUGCAUAUGGUGUCUCUUAAUGAUCGGUGCUGUGUAAAUGUACAAUGAAUGUUGUCUGGAAACAGGAAAAAAUGGUGUGCUGCCUUUCAGUUUGUAUAACAAAUGAUUUUCAAUAAAAGUGAUUGCUCACGAGAGCAGGCCAAUGUUCAAUUGAGAUACUACAGCUGUUCUUACUGGUGGAUUCAUGAUGAAUUUAAGAAGUAUAUGUUAUCUGAUUUGUAAUAAUGUUAUCAAAUGCCUUGGUGCUGGCAAUGAAAGAACAUCUCACACUGAGAUGUUUAAGUAUAUUUUGUUUUCAUAAUAGAAUAUAGAUGAAAAGGUUGACAUAUUGGAAAAUGCACUUCUUGUUUUGACUAAUGAAAUAUUAGCAUAUAGGCAAAACGCUGUGCUGUGACUAACAUGCUAGUUUGAUAUAGCCCAUUCUGUUAGUCAAAUGAACCUCAAUGUUUACAUAAUGUUCAGGUCCUCAUUUAAAUUUGCCCACUGAACUCUUUCUCUAGUAUAUUCCAAAUUGUGUAUUUCAUUUUUUUUCAAACCUGAAUACUUCCAGUUAAGAUUAUAUGGAGUUUCAGAACUCAGUGGUACCAAGCUUUUUUUUUUAAAAAAGGUUUAAGUCCUUGGAUCUGUGUAUCCAGAUUAAGGCUAACUAAAAAUGUUUAAAAUGUCUUGACAUAGCCCCAUUUAUGAAGUCUGUAAUUUUAUGGCAAGGACAGUUGCUCUUAGCUUCUAAAUGGCACUUUAAUAAGCAAAAUGUUACAAAGAAGAACAUAUUGUGGCAUUAUAGGGCAAUAUUUCUAUUCUUAAUGUUUACAGCUAAAACUGCUUAAAAGCAGGUACAGUUAAAGUCUUACGUAGUUUUCAAAUAUUUUAGACAUCAAUUACAUUGAGAUUAUAUAGAGAAUGAGCGAAAAAAUUAUAUGUAUACAGAUGCUCAGGAACAUGAAAAAAGUUUGAUUUGGACUUUAAUUUUCAUGAAAUAUUUGAAUGAAAUUAUAAGUUAGUUCCCCAAGCAGCUAGUAUGUAUCAAAUUGAUAGGAUAAAGAUAAAUUCUGUCUGUGAGAUUUUCACAUUUUUGCCCUUGUUUCCUUUGUCUUGUGGGGAAGGUAGGCAUUCAAAUACAUGGGCACAGCAAGAAUUAUUUAUUUUCAAGGGUUUUUAUGAUGUUUAUGAUCUUUGGGUACAGUUUUGAGGUCACAGUUCUAACAGAGGAACUGUCAAGUAGACACUAGCAGAAAUACAGUAGCUUGGUCUUUACACAUUUUAAUUUAAAUGUAUCAUAUAAUGAGUACCUUAGGGUUUAGUCACUAAUAUCCUAUAUUAGUAGCACAGGGGAGAGCAUUUAGCUUCAAAGAGUUUGCCAUUUGUAGUCAUAUUGAGGGAAGCCAGUAAGUCUUUCACUGUGGAGGACUAUUGCUUGCAUUCUUCUGAGACAGUUUUUUUUUUUUAAAAAAAACAUACAACAGUUAUUCCAGUAUCUGGGUGCAGCAUUAUAGCAACGAAGUUAUUACGUUUUUUGAAUUACCAAUACUACUACAAAUAGCUAGGUUUUUGGUUGUCAAUGUGCUACUUCUAAAAUGCUUGCACAAUCCUUAUGUAUGAAAUACUUGUUUUGUUUUCAACCUUAGUAAAAAUUAUAUAAAGCUG